AUGAAGGAGGAACUAAAAACACCUAUGGACGCAUCGGCAGCUAGCUGGUUAUCUGAUUUGGAAAUGGAUGAUUACAAUUUAUUUCCUGAGGAAUGCCCUUUGAACUUGCUUGAUGUUGAUGAUGAAGAGUUCCUUUCACAUGACAUAGCAAGUGCCUUAGAGGGAAAGGCCCUGCAACAAUCUUUAUCUCCUGAGUGCACUUCCAUAACUCUGAGCAACUCAUCAACUGAUGAAACCAGUUUUGACUUUGAGAGACCAACUAAGGUGUUGAAAACAAUUAGCACAAGUUGUAACUCAUCAAGCAUCACUGAAAACUUUUCAUCAAAACUUUCCCCAUCACCGUCCAUAUCUUCCUUUCAGUCACAGAUUCUGUCUUUUGACAACUCAAACGCAUCCCCUGCUAACACCACCCAGUUUUAUGGGUUUGACUGUGCCUUAAACCCAAAUCAGAACGAUGUGGUUUCAGUGUCACUUUCCCAAUUGGGAAAUAAGCAUUUCCCAACUCAAACCCCAAACGGGUCCUCAAAAAAUCAAAACUUUGAAACAAAAACCUCACAAACUAAGAGGUCUCCACUUCACGCUCAGGAUCACAUCAUGGCUGAGAGAAAGCGAAGAGAGAAGCUCAGCCAAAGCUUCAUUGCUCUUGCAGCUCUUGUUCCUGGCCUAAAAAAGAUGGACAAGGCUUCGGUAUUAGGAGACGCUAUCAAAUAUGUGAAAGAGCUUAAGGAGCGUUUAGCAGUUCUAGAAGAACAGGGUAAGAAAACGAGGGUAGAGUCUGUAAUGGUUCUGAACAAACCAGAACUCAGUGGUGAUGAUGAUUCCUCCUCAUGUGAUGAGAGCGUUGAUGCUGCUGGUGCCACUGAAUCACUCCUCCAAGUUGAAGCAAGAGUUUCAGGGCAAGAGAUGCUGAUUAGGAUCCACAGCCAGAAACAAAAGGGUCUUCUGGUCAAAAUACUGGCCGAGAUUCAAAACCUUCACCUAUUCGUCAUCAAUAGCAAUGUCUUACCUUUUGGAAAAUCUAUAAUUGACAUAACCAUCAUUGCUCAGAUGGGGGAUGGUUACAACUUGACCAUUAAGGGACUUGUCAAGAAUCUACGCGCGGCAAUAUGUAAAUUUAUGUCACAGCAUGUGGCGUGA